AUGGCAAUCAGAAAGCAACAAAAGGACUUUGAGAGGCAGCUCAUUGACCUAGUUAAUAGCAGAGUCAAUGACAACAAGUGUGGCGAAUGUGGAUCGCCUUAUCCGACAUGGGCAUCCUAUAACCUUGGCAUCUUUCUCUGUGGAAGAUGUGCAUCCAUUCACAGAAGAAUCUUGGGCCCUUCCAAGAUUUCUAAAGUGAAGUCUUUAACGCUAGAUCCCUGGAAUGAGGAAGAGAUAGAAAAUUUGAGAAGGAUCGGUAAUAAGAGGGCUAGAAGAAAAUGGAACGCUAAAAAGGUACCGUGCCCACAGGAUGAUGACGACGACGGACCUCUAGAGGAUUAUUUCAGAGAGAAAUACAUUUUAAGAAAAUUCAGAAACGAUGAUGAUCAUGAUGAUAACUAUAGCAGGUAUUCUAAUGACAGUGACGGACAUGUUGCCUCUAGAUCUAGAUCUAACUCAAAUAGAAGCGGGCCACGGCUGAGGCUGGCUUCAGUACUAAGCAAAACAGCUCCGAGACUAUCCCACAGGAAGCUCACUACUUUUGAGAAUACUCAGUACCAGCCUCAGUUAGCUAAAAUUAUGAAUUUUGGAUAUUCAAAUCGUGAUGCAGUGUUGGAAAGCUUGCUUUUAAGUAAUGGUAACAUUGACUUUGCUCUUGAUAUCUUAGAACAAGACUCGAAGAUAAAUCCACAGGAGCAGGAAAUUCCUCCUGAUUUACCAAGACGUCCACCUCUCUCUCAAACGCAAAGCUCGAAUUCUUCAUUUCAACCCACUACUCAAGCUGAUGAUUGGUGGGCCAACGGAAGCGCUUCUACAAGCAGUCAACCUACUGGUCAAAGUGCGGCCCAACCACAAAUUUACCAGUACACUGACCCGGUUACUGGUCAGAUUUCCUACAUUGAUUCGAACGGUCAGCAGUAUUUGGAUCCAAAUAACCCCCAACAUCAACAACUUUUAUAUCAGCAAACGAACCCUCAAUUGAUAGCCCAACAGACAAACAAGCAAAAUAUACUAUCAUUAUACAACCAACCCACUGGAUUUAGCUCCCAACAGCCACAGCAGACCCCACAGCAGACGGGAUUCCAGCAAAUGGGAUUUGCCCAGCAGCAGCAGCAGCAACAACAACAACAACAACAACAACAGCCAACAGCGUUCCAACCUCAGCAGACAGGAAUUCUGACCCAGCAGACCGGUUUUCAACAACCAUUUCAACAGAAUCAAUUUACGGGUUUUGGGCAGCCUCAAUUCUCUCAGCCACUGUAUCAACCGCAACAGAAUUAUCAACAGCGCUACGGUUAA